UUACCUUUGAUAUAUUUGCAGGUGGUGACUGUUCGGAUUUUUCAAUCAGGAAAUUAAAAUUCUGUUUUAAAAACAGCUUAGGAAUCAAGAGAGCAGAUAUAUUCAGCAACUUCAGAAUAAACAAAAUCAUUAAGAUUUGCCAAUGAACAUGGUGGAUAAUGACAAUGUAGGAAUAUGAAGGAAAGUGGAGAACCUAACAGCAGUGACUUGAUAGGAAGAUCAACGUGCUUUCCAUAGAGACUGGCCCUGUGUGAUAAGCAUCCCUCUUGACUUCUUACUCUUCACUGGCAGCAGGUUUUAAAUCUGUGGUCUGGUGCAACAGUCUGAAUCUUCACUCAAGCUAUCAUCUCUUAUCUCAUCUAUUACAAGCCUAUAGGAUAGCAUGGAUGACCACCACCGGAAACGGUCACAGGAUGUCUUGGAGAAAGAAGCAGACUCCCCACCACAGAGAAAGAGGAAGCUCCCAGCACUUGAUCAAAAACACCUUCUUGGAGAAGAAUCAGUAGCUUCUUCAGGGCUUGAGAUGUCAAGCCAUAAACCCAACAACUAUUCUACCAAUACUGAUCUUACCAAUAAACUGGAGGAGAUGGGUUUGGAUCCUAAGUACUGGCUUCCCAUCUUAGAAGAAUGUUUGGGUAUACGAAAUAUUCAAUCAUUAAACUUUAUUGAGCUCGAAGAUUGCUCUGUGUUAGAGGAAAAAAUUCGCUAUCCCUGGGAAAAGAGGGCAUUGCAUAAAAUGUUUAAUAACAGCAGUGCAAACAUUUCUGAAUUUCAAGAAAAGAGAAACCAAUUCAUAAAGGAGAAAAAUAAAGAAGCACAUAAUUUAAUAGAAGCGUUAAAAAAAAUGACAUCUGAAGGGAAAAGUCGACAUGAUGACAUUGUUAAAGAGCGUGAAAAAGAAAUGUGGAAGAUUCUGGAAGUUUCUCCUGAAUACUCAGCACUGCCUGAGAUGUCAUUGUUGGAUCUCAUAAAUUACUUUGAAAAACAGAUUUGCUUUAGAGAAAUGUCAUUUUCAAAAACCGAAAACUUAACUGAUAAAGAGGUCAUUCAACAUUCAUCUGGAGGCCUAGCACUAGAGGGAAUUUUCCAAACCAAAAACGCAGAGGAUCUGUUUAAGAAACGUGAACCACUUUUGUGUAUCCCAGAAGGCUUCAAACUUGUUGGACCAGAACAAAGUCCUGUUUUUGAACAAAAAGAAUUUACCUCUCAGAAAGCGGAAUCGCAUUUUCAUAGCACAGUUGAGAAAAUCGGGUUAAGUUUAAGUAGUUCAAUUACUGCAGGUUUCAUGGGAUUUAGUAUAAAAAGUAGUUCUAACUAUAACAAUUCUGUAGAGUCUAAGCACACAAGCCAGCAGUCAGUUCAACACGGCUACGUUUGCACCACCAGAUAUAAUUACAUUCCUUUAGCAUCCUGUUACUUUAAAAUGGAUCAGCUGAGACUUUCUCCCUCUGCUCUAAAUGCAUUACAGAAGAUAGAAAAUGUAUUAAGAAUUGAUUCAAAUGCACCAGAUUUGUCAACAAAAUGUUCAGAGUUUUUCCAGAGGUUUGGCUCACAUGUAAAUCUUGGACCAAUACACUUUGGUGGGAUACUCUGGUGGAAGGCAUCCAUGGAAGGAGUAGACAGUAGCAACAUGGAAGAAGCAAAAAAAAUGACAUCUGAAGCCCUGAAUAUGUAUGUGGGCGCUAGUUAUGCUGGAUUUGGAGGGGAUAUCGAUGGGUCAAAAACAAAUACACAGGGAUCUGUGCACAAUUCAAAAACAUCCAGCCUUCAGAAAGAUGUUCAAUUGUUUGUUACUAAAACUGGAGGCCCUUUAGAGGCUGAUUCUCUCCCACAGUGGAAAUCUGGUUUAAUAACCAGUAACAAAACAUGGAGUGUCAUAGAUCGUGGAUUUCAGCUGAUACCAGUAUGGAAGAUUAUUGUGGACAAUCACAGGGAGGAGUUUACAGAUAAUUUAAAACUUGCUUUUUGUUUGACUGACCAUUACAGGUCACAGACCGGUCUCACCACAGAAAUGAUGGUUGGAGAAAAUUUACCAAAUGCUUUAGAAAAAGCAAAUUCAUUCCUGCAGGGUGUGGAGUUCUGGGAUGUAAGCAAUGCAGAAAAACACUUACAGGAGUUAAAGGACUUUAAAGUGGAACUCUGUAAAACAACAGGAAGUUACAGUGCUUGGAAAACUAUUUGUCUGUCAGAUAAAAACCUGCAAGCAUUUUUAGUCAGUAUUGUUGACAAAUACAAAGACGAUUCUACAGAAGACACAAAUCGUAUAAAAACUUUAAUGAAAUCUUUAGUGGAUCCUCACAUUUAUUCCAUUGAAAGUUUUCCCAAUACAUCAGGUAUUAUGAGAUGGAUACAUGACUCUGACAAGGAUAAACCUGACAUAAUUACUGUAUCUGAUUUUGAAGAGCUUCUUAAUAUUUUAGAGAUAUCUAUUAAUGAAGUUCUGCAAGUUACUGCCAAAAUAAACUCGUCCAGUGAUGAUCAACGUCAAGCAAAGAUUAAAGUUACAGAGAAAAUUAGUCUUUCACUAUAUUCCUUUCUAAGCUCCCUAAGGAAAACAAAUCAAAUAGACACAGAAUUACUGCUGCUCUGCAUUGCCAACAACUCUGGGUACUGUAUUCAAAACUACAACUUUAAAAAUCUUUUAGGAUACAGAGAAAUAGAAUUUCUAAAACGUCAGAUGCAAGAAACUUAUAAGGAGUACACAAGCAUCAGAAGUCAGUGCACUGAUCAAGCUCAAGCUUUUGUCCUGUACACAGGCCUGACAUCUGUAGGGGAAUACCAAGAAAUGUCUCUAGAUAAGAAAACAGAACGUCUACAUUUUAUGAAGAAACACAUGGCAGGACAUAUUUCUCCUGAUGUCAAUAAAAUAAUACAACAAUAUUCAGAACAUGAAUUGCACAAAAUAGAAAAAGAGCUUAGAACAUUUAGCUAUGGGGAAUCAACAGACAUGGACCUGGAAAAAAAGAUUGCCACUGAGCUGAAUAAUAUAUGCAAGGAAGAAACAACAUCUACUAAAAAUGACAUAACAACUGAUUACAGCAGUGUGGACAAGAACUUUUUACUAUUGCUGAAGAGACUGGACCUUGAGAUGUAUUACCCACAAAAAAUGAAGAAUGCUGAUUUUCAUAAGAUUUGUCAGCCUUCUUUGGUUGAAGAACAGAUUUCUAAAGAAAAACAACUUCCUCUCCAUUUUCUGCAGAAAUUACUUAUGUUGGACUAUCGUGCAAGAUAUGUGCAGUGUGAAUGCAAUAGUGAACCCCUCCAUGCAGAGGUCAGGAGCAUUCAAGAAGAAGAAGAAAACAUGGACACAACUGAUCUUGAUUUAGAACAAUUUCUAGUUGAUGAAGAUGAAGAUUUGGAGCAGCAAAAUUCAAACUGUGAACAACCUAUUCACCCAAUGGAUGUGCAAAUGUCAAUAUUCCAUUGUGCUAAUGAUUUCAUGAGACAGUAUCUUUACACAAAACUUUCAUUUUGUCAGUUUGCUCUUCCACUUUUGGUAACUCUUCCUAAUACAAGUUCUAUAGAGUUCCCACUUUGGGCUUUUCAGGAAGUUAAAAAGAAGUGGAAAAAUAAAAGUGACAAAUCUUUUGACAAGUUCAUUAAGAAAACCGAGGCUCCCAUCAUAUCCUUCAUUCGUCUUGGUCCAUCUUCUACCUCUAAAUCACAGUUAAUGAACUGGCUGAUUAGUAAACAGAGGCAUGAUAUCUUCUAUCAUAGACAUUGCAAAGGAAGCACACAAAAUUAUUUUCUAAUGAAUGGAGUGGCAGAGAUUGCCUGGUAUUGUCCAGGUGCAAAAGAGGAUGACACAUUUGAUGACUGCAUUGCAUUUACCAAUCUACAUGGUGAUGCCACAGAACAUGACCAGCAAGUGAAAUUCUUAGAAGAAAUUUCCUCAGUUAUUGUCAUUCUAUUCAGUGAAUUGGAUGAAAAAGGGAAAGAUCUGUUACAGUGCCUGUUAAAAUCCUCAAAAUCACUAAUUUGCCUGUGUGCAAACAAAGAGAAGAGUCCUCCAGCUAAGGGAACCAAAGUAAAAAUAGGUAUAAAAAACCGAAAUGAAGCAGAAUUGUUACAACAGAUAUCAAAAACGAUACAAUCUUUGUUGGCUAGUUCAAAUGAGAGAUAUUCACUUGACACAUGUGCCAGUAUUGCCAGGAAACAUGGAUUUGUAGUGGAUGAAGACAAAGAAUUGUGCAAACAGGGAAGGGAACAAGCAAAGGUUUUACUGUCAUUGUUAAAGAAAAAUUUAUCAGCUAUGAAAGAGGCAUUUUUGCCUCUACAAGGAGAUCUCUGGAAAAAAUGGUGCAAGAAAGACAAAGAAUUGACUAGACUGAAGCAAACAAGUAACAUGAGUAUUGAGCAACAGCGGAGCAACAUUGAGUAUGAAAAGCAGGCAAUAAGGAAUACACAACUUCAAAGGGCAGUUCCCCUCAAUGACUUCAUGAAAUCUUUCCUACAGAUUCUUUUUUCAGAUAGCCAAGACUCAAAAAUAUACUUUCUGCGAUGGUUUAGCAUGUAUUUAGAUGACCUGUCUUCAAAAACUCUUUCAGUACUCUACCAGGAAUACCACAAUAAAUGGUCAAAAAUAAAAGAGCAAAGGGAACUAAAAGAUAAAAAUAAACAGAAUAUAGAAACAAUGGAGAGAGGAUUAGAGGAAUUAUCAGUUAAAAUUGAAGUCUCAACUUUUGGCCUUGAACACAUUCUAAGAGAAAUUGGACAAAUAUAUGAAGCGUUAGAACAAUUUCCAGAAAAGGAUGAAAGUUUUUUCAAAUUGCCAAAAGUGGCUGCCAAUCUCAUGGUCUCAGGAUAUCCACUUGAGCUGAUGGAUGGUGAUGCUGCACAUGUACCAUUGAGGUGGAUUGGAGCCAUUCUGGAUGAGCUGAUUAAAAUAUUAGGAGACAAAAAGCUGUAUGUCCUCUCUGUAUUAGGUAUACAGAGUACUGGAAAAUCUACUUUGCUUAAUGCUAUGUUUGGUCUUCAGUUUGCAGUGAGCGCCGGCAGAUGUACUAGAGGAGCAUUUAUGCAGCUUUUAGAGGUUGACAAAGAACUCAGACAGGAAAUGAACUUUGACUAUGUGCUUGUGGUAGAUACAGAAGGACUAAAGGCUGUUGAACUCUCCAAAAAUACUACACUUAAUCAUGACAAUGAACUCGCUACUUUUGUAAUUGGCCUGGGUAACCUUACCUUGAUCAAUAUCUUUGGGGAAAAUCCUUCUGAAAUGCAAGACAUCCUACAGAUUGCCGUUCAAGCAUUUUUAAGGAUGAAGAAAGUCAAUCUAAAACCCAAUUGUGUAUUUGUUCAUCAAAAUGUUGGAGAAAUAACAGCCAAAGAGAAAAACAUGGAGGGAAGGAGACAGCUUCAGGAAAAACUGGAUAAAAUGACAUUGUGUGCUGCACAGCAAGAGCAGUGUGAUGUCACAUGUUUCAAUGAAGUCAUUAAAUUUGAUGUAAACACUAAUAUCCAUUACUUUGCUCACCUCUGGGAAGGUGACCCUCCUAUGGCUCCCCUAAAUCCAAGUUACAGCCAGAACGUUCAAAUGCUAAGACGGGUCAUACUUGAAUCAGGAAAACGGGAAGGGCAACACAAUAUUUUAAAUAUCUCUACAUUCAAAACUCGAAUAAAUGAUUUGUGGAAUGCAUUGCUUAAUGAGCAUUUUGUAUUCAGCUUCAAAAAUUCACUUGAAAUUGCUGCAUACAAAAAACUGGAAGAAAAAUACAGUCAGUGGACAUGGAAAUUAAGGCAACACAUGUUGACCCUUCAAAUUAAAAUCCGCAACCAGAUUUACAAGGAUGAAAUAAAGCAGGUUGAUAAGAUGUCUCUAAAUAAGCAGUUUGAAGAAAUAUACGGCACAGUCCUAGGAGAGCUUAAGGCAUUUUUUGAUGGUGAAAAAGACAAAGAGAUACUAGUUCAAUGGAGAGCGAACGUUGAAAAAAAACUGGAUGCAGUCAGAAAUGAAUUAAUAGAAGAAAUGCAUAAAAAAUCUAAAGAGCUCAUUAGAUCAAAGAAGAAUAGUAAAACUAUAAACCAACUGAGUAAGAAAUAUGAAGAUAAAAUGUUAACUGAAAGCAAGAAAUUGGCCUUGUUUUUGCAGGGAAAAAAUGUCACUGAAGAGGAAUUGGGAGAAAAAUUCAACAAAAUGUGGAUUUCUCUGAUCACUAAAGUAGCUGAGGAAACAUAUACUCCCGAACCGCCACAAAUCAACUGUGAUUUGCAAAAUGUGUUACUUGAACACUUCAAAACUGAACCCAAUAUAGCCGAUACAAUUAAAGAUUCUUGUCAUUGGAAGAACUUACUACAAGAAUUCUCUAAAUAUAUAUCAAGCAAGCGAAAAUUGCAUGUAUUGUGGAAGGAAAAGCUUUCAGAUGAUGAACAAAAUACAAUACAACGUUCAAUAACAAUUCUAAACAAGAGAAUGGAUAAAUACAUGGACGAAAAGCAACAGAAAAAAAUAGAUUAUCAGAACAUUUACUUCCAUGAACUUCUGAAAAUAAUAACAUCUGAAAUAAGCAUCACAUUAGAUACGUUUAAAUUCAGGAAGGAGUUUACAUUGUACGCAUCUCUGUUCUUGUGUCAGGAAGCAGCUCGCAGAUUUCACAAGAUUUCUAAAGCUUUUAGAGAAGCCAAUGACCCCCUUGUCUACCUAGGAAGUAAGAGAAAUGAAUUUUGGGAAAGUUUUAAAAUCUCCUGUGAAGGAAAAAAACAAAUCACAACAUUGGCAGAUUUCCUGUGUAACAAGUUAGAAAAGGCCAUCCAGCAAGGUGUCUAUGAGAAAUCUGCAAUACACCUAGCUGGGGAGGUAAACAAUAAUAAUCAAGCCUUGAAUGGAAACAGAUCAAAACUAGAGUUCUGUCUGCUCAGGUCACUGGCAGAGGAGGAAAAUUUUCAGCAGUAUAUAGACUACAUUAAUGAUCCAGAAUCUGCAUUUACUGACUUUAUUCAAAAGUGUGUUGAACAAUAUUGUAAAGACAAGAGGAACAUAUCAGAAAUUCUAAACACUAAACUGGAUGAAUUUGAGAAUGUUAUAUUAAAGGCCAUCAACAAAUCAACUACAAUAGUCCAUGACACACAGGGGGGUAUCAGUGAAUGGCUGGAUACUUUCUGCUCUCAGCUUGGAAGUGACGUGAAGCUGUCAAGUGAUGAUCUCAAGAGUGUGAAAUAUCAGAAUAUAACUGAUAUUGAUUUUUUGAAGGAAGCAAUGACACAGGCUCUGAAAACUGUGUUGAAAAAGCUCAAAGAAUUAUUUUCUAAAUGCAAUCUUACCCAUCUUAUACAAAUGAUUCAUGAAAAUAUAUCUGAACAGUUUUCUAGGUGCUGGGCAAAGUGUCCAUUUUGUGGGGCUGUAUGUACAAAUACUAUUCCCGGGCAUGAUGGAGACCACAGUGUUCAAUACCAUCGUCCUGCUGCUCUAAAAACAUGGAAAUAUAGAAACACAAAUCAAUUUUGUCUUAAUAUCUGCUCCAGUGUUGUGUCCAGUGAUAUAGAAUUUCAUCCUGGUAGUGAUGACAGAAGUUUUCCCUACAAAACAUACAGAGAUGCUGGACAUCCUUACAAUACCUGGUCUAUUACUCCAGACAACUCAUCAUUGUCUUACUGGAAAUGGGUGACUUGUUUCUUCCAACGUGACUUUGAAAACCAUUACAACCUAAAAUUCACAGGUCUGGGGACAAUUCCAUCUCAGUGGGCUAAUAUAACAAAAAAGGAAGCAAUUGAGGAGCUUGAAAAAAAUAUGUAGAUUUCUAAAAUUAAAUUUAUCCUGACACAUUGGAUGGACAUUUGAGGACCUAAAGACACACUUUAUAUUUAACCCCUUGGAAAGUUUAAAAGGCAAACUUGAUGGAAGAUUUAUUCUUGGAUAGAUUGUACAUAUGCAGAAUGUUGAAUAUGAUCAUGAUCGAUGUGCUGAAGGUGACUGAAGACCUGUGAAAAGCAUCAUAACUAUUGGUGUACAGAAUGACACCUACAGAAGAUGUUUCCGGCUCACUACCGAUCACAUACAACUCUGUACAGUGAAAAAAGACAGAAAAAAAGAUGAUUUGCCACCAAAAACAAGUCUGCAGAUUUAAAUCUGGAAAUCAUCUUAAUAAUUAAGAACAUUUUGAUUAAGCUGUAGUUUAGGUAUGGGUAUGUUUUUCAUAGUUACAUUAGUCCAGUGUAAGUAUGUAUGUGCCAUAGCUGGCUGAUCCCUGAAGAAGCUGGAAAUCUUUCUAGUAAUCACCACUAAUACAGUGAUUGCUGCUAGCUUCUGAGCCUGCUGCUUAGUGAACACAGGAGGUCACUCACUCGACACAGGCUCACUCAGAGAACACUUUGCAUUUUCUCAAUUAAUGCAAAGUG